AUGUCUCCAGCGAAAGGCCAGCGCCGCCUCUCCCUGUGCCCCGGGGGCCCCGGGGCCCCCAUCGCCUUCGGGGACCUGCUGGAGGAAGUCGGCAACAUGGGCCUCUUCCAGCUCUUCUCGCUGCUGCUGCUCUGCCUGCCGGUCCUGCUCCUGGCCAGCCACAACCUGGUGCAGAACUUCAGCGCGGCAACCCCGGGGCACCGGUGCCACGAGCCGGCAGCGGCCAACGCCUCCCAGCACGGGCAAGCGACGCCUCUGGGCCAGGCCCUGCGGCCAGAAAGCUGCCGGCGCUUGGCCCUCAGGGCGGCGUCUGGCCCCAAUGGGUCGCUGGAGGAGGACGGAAGCGCGGCAACGGAGCCGUGCCGGGACGGUUGGGAAUACGACCACAGCACCUUCCGCUCCACCAUCGUCACCGAGUGGGACCUCGUGUGCGACCUGCAGCCCCUCAAGAGCCUGGCACAGUCCCUCUUCAUGGCGGGCGUUCUGGUGGGAGCCUUCGUCUUCGGAGACCUCUCGGACAGGUACGGGCGCCGGCUGGUCCUCAUCUGGUCGCUGCUGCUGAUCGCCGUCAUGGGCACCGCGGCGGCCUUCUCCACCAAUUUCGUCACCUACUGCAUCUUCCGGCUCCUGAGCGGCGUCGGCAUUUCUGGCUUCCUCCUGAACUACGUCUGUCUCAGCCUGGAGUGGGUGCCCACCAAAUACCGGGCGAUGGUCGUGGCCACCCAGAGCUACUGCAGCACCGCCGGGCAGGUCCUCCUCGCCGGCCUGGCCUACGGCAUCCGCGACUGGCGCUGGCUGCAGCUGGCCAUCUCCGCCCCGUUCUUCUGCUUCUUCGCCUACUCCUGGUGGCUCCCGGAAUCAGCACGCUGGCUGCUCAUGAACGACGAGCGGGAGGCCGCCCUGCAGAGCCUGAAGCUGGUGGCCCGGAUCAACGGGAAGGACACCGCGGCGGGGUCGGCCAUCCUGAAGAAGCUGGAGGCGCAAACCGGGAGCAUUUCCCCAGGGAAGAGCGCACACUCCUGCUUGGACCUCUUCCGCACCCCCGGCCUGAGGCGCAUCAGCUGCUGUCUCAUGCUCAUCAGCUUCUCCAUGAACAUGGCCUACUUUGGCCUCUCCAUGGACCUCUCCGUGUUCGGCCUGGACCUCUUCCUGGUGCAGCUCUUCUUCGGAGCCAUCGACCUGGUGGCCAAGAUGGCGUGUGCCCUGCUGCUCAACUUCUUCGGCCGACGCACCAUCCAAGCAGUCUCCCUCAUCCUUGCGGGGGCCUUUCUCCUGCUCAGCCUCCCCAUCCCCGCUGAGAUGCUGAUGGUGCGCCUGGUCUUCGUGGUGCUCGGAAAGGGGUGCCUGGCCGCCGCCUCCAUGUGCCUCUACCUCUACAGCGGGGAGCUCUUCCCCACGGUCAUCAGGCAAACCGGCACCAGUUUCGUCACGAUCAUGGCGCGCCUGGGCGGGAUCGUGGCCCCGGUGGUCCUGAUGGCAGGCGACUAUCACCGGUUCCUGCCGCUGGUGAUCUUCGGCGUCUCGCCCAUCCUGUCCGGCGUUUCUGCCGCAUUCCUCCCCGAAAUGUUCAACGUGCCGCUGCUGGACACCAUAGAAGAAGUGGAGGAGAAGUAG